AUGACAUCUUCGAAACUCAGGAGUGGCUGGGACGCUCAAGGUGCCUUGAAGCGAGUGGAACGAGACCCCGCCUUUUCUUUCCCUCAAUGCUACGAGGAAAAUUGGUUCCCUUCGCACCAGGUGGCCUCGAAUUACGUGCCAAAACCACCUCCUAUCGACUCAACCAGGCUUGGGUAUCAGUAUGUCAAAGAUGAAACUCCUAGUGCUGAUGAAUAUUACCGCGCACAAAAACUGCAAGAACAGCAACGACAAGCACCAAAGCCGGCAACGCCGUCUCCCGCAGUCAGUCUUAUUUCGACACACGGACGAAAGCCCAUGCAUGAGACAGCUAAUGUGCGGGGUAAAUCGCAUCAUCAGGGUCGAGGUCAUCAAACAGCGGGAAGAAGUUUGGGACCACCAGUAUCGGCGCAACGCAAGCCUUCUGUUUCGAAACCGGUAUCUCAGAAGAAACCUAGUAGUGAAGACGGAGGCUGCUGCGUGGUGAUGUAG